AUGUCGAAUUUUCAUCGGCCGUUCCGUGCGCAGCAGCAAGCCGAUGCACCUCCUGAAACGGCGAUCCACGACGAGCCCGAGGUCAUCGAUCCCAACCUCUACGGCCCCUUUGGCCAUCGGUACCACGACAGCGCUGUCGACGUCCCGCAUCACGCUGAUUCGAGCCACGCCGCGCAUCCCUCAACUACUUCCUGGCACGAUGUAGAGACUUCGGAGCAGCACCGACAUCACAACAAUGUUGCCCACGCACAGCCAGUGGACCCGCAGCUGCAGACCGCCAUCCCACUUGGGGACCUGUCCCGAAACCACUCUGCGACGCAGUCCAUCUCGGACGCGAGCCAGCGAGGCUUUGUUACGCAUGCGGCACCCAUGGCUGUCGAGUAUACACAGGACAGCAGAUUCACUGUGCGCUCUAGCUUCGAGAAACCGCCCAUCGGCGCAGGCUCGCGUGCCUCCCACUCGCAUCUGCGCCGCAGGUCCAAGGGUUUUGGAACGCACCACUCUCGCGCCGGAAGUUUGUUCGAUCUGGUGCACGGCAAGGAGAGAAGCAAGAUGUCUGACAAGCCGCACAUUGAAGUGCAUGGCGAAGACGUGCCUAUCACCGUGCGCCACCUCAUCAAGCGGCCCAUCAUCCGCCAGUGGCUUCACGGCAACAAGCUUUACCGCGAAAGGGACGAGCGCAAACCAUCGCAGUUUGAGCUCGUCUUCGACCUCAUCUUUGUCGCCGUCGUCAACGGCCUCGGUCACGCCACGGCCGAAAGCAGCUCGGCGAUCAAUGUGCUCAAGUUCGCCCUCUCCUUCUGGCCGUGCUUCUCGCUAUGGACCGACGUGAGGCUCUUCCUCAACACCAGCGGCACGGACGACAUGCUCGAGAGGCUGCUCAUGCUGGGCUGGAUGAUCUUGCUCGGAGGAUACUGUGCCAACGUGUCGGGAGUGGAGCUGAUCAAGGCCACGCCCGAGCUGCUGGCGCAGCUGCACAGCGAGGAGGCGACGGGCGAGGCAUCUUCGCAGAUGAAUGCGCACGGUAUCGUUCAAGAGCUCGAGUCCAUCUUCCGCCGGGCAGCGUCCGCAGACUCCGCAGGGGCGGAAGAGGUGAAGCUCGCAGUGCCCGCGUUCGGCGGCUACUGGUUUACUGAAGGAUACAACCGCGCGAUCCAUGCAGCGAUCGGCUUCUUCCUCGUGUCCAAGCUCUGGAGACUGGGCAUCUACAUCUACUACGGCUUCUGUCUGCCCAAGUUCCGAAAGGCGCUCUGGCUCAAUGCGCUGGCCAUGACUGUCAUUGCGGCCAUCUAUAUCCCGAUCACGCUCACCGACAGUCCGUUGCUGAUUCUGAUCCUGAUGGGAGCCGGCAUCGGCGUCGAGCUUGCUCGGGCCUAUGUGGUGGCUGCGGCUAUCAAGCUGUUCCACAAGCGCUCCAAACGCACGGGCAACCACAUGUUUAUCCCUGCCCAAUCACACGAGCACUCGAUCGAACGCUAUGUGCUUUUCGUCAUCCUCAUCGUCGGCGAGUCGAUCAUCAGCAGCAACUUCGUCGCUCGCCCAGGCAGCUUCGGUCUCAAUCACGAGUUCGGUCGCAUGGCACUCGGCAUCACGAUCAGCGUGCUGGUCAUCUGGAUCUACUACGACGCCGACGGCAGCCGUGUCUAUCAGCACGCGCUCCGCCGCAACUCAUUCACCAGCAUCACCUUUGGCCACAUCCACUACCCUCUCACUGCCUCGCUCAUUCUCAUGGCCGCCUCCCUCUCGGCACUCAUCUCCAACACAAAGAUCAAGGGCGGCUACGUGUGGUACUUUGGCGGCUCGAUCUCGUGCGUCAUGCUCUGCCUGGGUCUCAUCGGCAUGAUGCAUCGCAAUCUCGACGUGUACCGAUCGACGCUCGUGCCGCGCUGGGCGCGCAUCACCGUACGAUUCCUUGCUGCCAUCGAGUUUGGCCUGCUCCCGCUCAAGUCCGACUGGAAGUCGCUCAAUCUGCUUGGCACCGUCGCGGCAAGUCUCGCAGCGAUUGUACUCUUUGAGACGCUCGGCAAAGUCGGUGCCGUCGGUCGUCGAUUCGACGCGGACAAGAGUCAGGAGCUGUACGCCAACAUGAGUGCUACUGGCGAGAAGAAGCUCAAGCUCGACAGGAGAGCCAGCUGGCAUCCCUUCGACGAUCUCACCCCGGGAGAGCUCGGCGAAGAGGACGUCGGCAUCGAGUCCGAGAUCGGCCAUCUCGAAGAGAAGGACCUCACUCAUGGUCAGCGGUGGGCCUACGCCGCUUGA